AAACAGUGUUCAAACAGACCGAUUGGUGUUGAGCUACUGCUACUGAGGCCUCUACCCUGUCUCUCUUCCUCCAGGCCAUUGGUCAGGUCUCGGGAAGCCAUGGCUCGCCUUCCCAACCUGUUCAGCAAGAGUAGCACCCAGCUGGGGGAGCAGAGCUGCACAGGCGGGGGCGAAGACAACACCAAGCUCCUCGGGUUGCCUAAUAUUGGCAACACCUGCUUCAUGAACUCUGCUCUGCAGUGCCUGCUGGGGCUGCCAGCAUUUUGCAGAGACAUCCUGAGACAGCAGAAUAUCUGGAGUUCCUCCCCCUCCUCUAAACUGCUAUGCUGCUUUGCCGAGUUACAUCAGGCCAGGCUUUCUGGAGGCACUGUUAAUGCUAAGAACAAGGAAAAUAAGAAAAUCCUUCAAACAGUCAAGCGCUGUCUUUCCGUUGUCAAUGAGGACUAUGAGGACGACAAUGAACAGGUAAGAUAUUAUUUGCUAAAAGACUCACUUAACAAUAAACCUGGGACACGUGACAGUGUUUUUCCUCAGCUCUGUUUCAGUUGUAGUUGUUGAUGUAUUUUCUGCUUCUUUCCCAUUCUUCUCUUAGGAUGCCCAUGAAUGUGUGUUGCUCCUCCUCUUUCAGCUGAAGGAGGAGGGUAUGGCAUUAAAGGGCUCACCAGAGCCAUACACCUGCCCCGUGAAGCAGUUAGAAUUCAAGCUGAAGACUUCCCGUACCUGCACCAGGUAACAGCUGUCAUUUGUAUACGGUGUACCUUGAUGUCAUCAUCACAUUUGUGAGGAGGUUUAAUGUCAGCAUAAUAUGCAGGAUACAGAGGUAAAGCAUUAAGAUAGUGUGUAGAGGAUCAAAAGGUUUGUGUUGGAUAGCUGAUGCAUUUCU